CUGCGCUCCGGGGCUGGCCGUGGAGUUAAAGGACAGCUUCAAGUGGGGUGGAGGUGUGGGCUCCCUAGAAGGCAGAGGGGCCCCGCAGAGAGUCCUGGGCCGGUCGGAGUGCUGAGCAGGCACUAACUGUGUGAAGUUUAAUAAGGGCAAGUGCCGGAUUCUGCGCCUGGGAGAGGGAAGCUGUGGACGGGAGUGCCAAAUGAAGAUGUCUUCACUAAUACACUAAUAGAAGGAUGUGCAGAGGAUGCAAAGAGCCAGACUCUUCUUGGAUGUACUCAGCAAAAAGAAGACUUGUGGAUACAAGGGACAACAAGCAUAUAGAUAGAAAGAAAAGGAUCCUCACUAUGAGCCAUGAUUGAACACUGGAGCAUGGUCACCAAGGGAGGUUGUGGAGUCUCCAUCCUUGGAGAUAUCCAAAACCUAGUGAGACAAGAUUUGAACUAUAUGAUCUCUAAAAAUCCCCUUCAGCCUAAGUUAUCCUGUGAUGUAAAUGAUGGCUCUUUUUAGUCUUUUAUGCAGCUCUCUAUCAAACUAGUAUUUUAUUUUCAGCUUAUUCUAAAUGUGAAGAGAAGAAGAGCCAGGAAAUAUUUUCUUAAAUUCAGUGUUUGUUUGUUUGUUUUGCUGACAGAGCCAUUUCUUUGACAAUCGUUCAAGAAAGAAACAUUCUUAUUGAUUGUGAACACUCUAAAGUAGAUUUUUCUGCCAUUAAAUCAUCAGAUCACGCAUCUAACUUAAAAUUUAUAGGGAAUAAAAUAAGAGCUUGUUUCUCUUGAAAAGUGUACAAUCUAGGAAAAUCUUGAUUCUGCAGAAGAAUUCUUAUGUAUCCUUUCUUUGUUGUAAUAGGGUCUAAGUUAGAUCUCAGGUAUAAGGCAAAUAGGUGGAAGUAGAUGUGUGGAAAUAGUAAUAAAUUUUUUAAAACUGCAGUCUUUUCUUGUAAAAAAUGAUAAAAAUGAAAGAUAUUUCCCUAACCAGAUAUGCUUAGAUUUCAAAUGGAGAUUCAACUGAAUGUACACCAAAGAUUAUUUAGUCAUGUAAUAGUUCUUGUUUGUGGCUUUUUUUUUUUUUUUUUUUUUUUUUUUUUGUGAAUGAAAAUUAGAUUGGCUGAAUGUAUCUUCUAAACCAGUAAGACAGACUCUGCAGGUUCUUUGUUUCAGGGAGUGUUGUAUUAUAGUGUUUGUUGUGGUCAGUGACUGACAGUGACUGAGCAAAUUAUGAACUAAGGGUAUUGCCCAAUACUAUUCUACCAUCAUUUAUAAAAGCAGAACUGGUUUACAGUGUUGUAGGAAGAUUAUCUCGUAUCUAGCAGAUACUUGUUGUAGCACUAGCAGUUUUGAUGACAGAGACUAUUGCACCCUGUUGUUUCAAUUUAGACUUAAUUCAUUUUGAUUUUCCUAUAUCUGAAGAGUCUUGUUCUAGAAUAAUGUGUUGUUUUCUUUGUGUUUUUGUUUUGUUUUUGUUUAAGAAAUGGAAAAGCUGGUUGCUUGUGUACAAAAAAAGCCAGAUGCUCUUUGUAGGCUGAUCUGCUUUCCAUGGGCUGGAGGUAGAACUUCACAACUUGCUCGAUGGGGCAAACUCUUCAACAACUCAACUGAAGUGUUCUGUAUAAGGCUUCCUGGAAGAGAAAAUCGUCUAGAGGAGCCUUUUGCAAAAGACAUGACAAGUGUAGUUAAUGAAGUUACAAGUGUUUUGUUAAAAGAAUUGAAAGAAAAACCAUUUGCAUUUUUUGCUCACAGUUUUGGAACUUACAUGAGUUUAGCCGUUGCACUUCAUUUGAAAGAAAAGUACAGACUGGAGCCAGUCCAUCUUUUCAUGUCAUCAGCACAUGCCCCAAAUUCUGGAGGACAUCUUGCCCUCAAAAGCAUGACUCCACCUGAUGAAGACAAUGAAUUUCUUGCAUGUAUGGAGAUUGUAGGAGGAAGUUAUCAGCUCCCAUGUGAUGAAGAUGCUAGGAAAAAUAUUGUGCUUACCUCCAGAGAAGAUGUUAGACUUUCUCACACAUUUUCAUUUGAGAAGGCAGAAAUGAAUACCCCCUUCUCCUGUGACGUUACCUACUUUUGUGGGUCUGAUGAUAAAAUAUAUGAUGUACAAGGUUGGCGAGAAAUAACGAGUGGAGAUACUUCCUUUUAUGAGCUUCCUGGAGAUCACUUUUAUCUGGUGAAACCAUCUAGUGAAAGUUUAUUGAUAAAACACAUCACAAGAUGCAUGGAAAAUGCCGGUCUAUGAGUAUUUACCUCAAUUUUAAUAGCAGAGUGUAAGGUUAGUCCACAGCAAUUUGUAAUAAGUCAUUUCUUUCUCUACAUUGCAUGCAGUUAUGCCUAAAAAUUACUCUGUUUCUCCUCUGUAAUACUUUAUACGAGAAAGUUUUUCUGAUGUUUUUGAAAAUGAACAUUGGCUUUGGGUCUUAAAAAAGGUUUCAACUUUUCCUUCUUCUCUUGCAUG